AUGCAUGAUCCAUUCCUAAUGAAGAGUAUUCCUGAUGUAUUUCAUGAUUACAUCGACAAGAUACAAGAUGUACUCGGUGAUGGAAACUGUGGGUUUCGAGCGGUAGCUGUUAGUCUGGGGCACAGUGAAGACCAAUGGCUAUACAUUAGGCAACAAUUGCUUGAAGAGUUAGAAAGUCAAUUUUAUGCAUACCAACAAGUUUUUACUGAUGGGUUCAAUGAGAUACAAGAUGUACUCGGUGAUGGAAACUGUGGGUUUCGAGCGGUAGCUGUUAGUCUGGGGCACAGUGAAGACCAAUGGCUAUACAUUAGGCAACAAUUGCUUGAAGAGUUAGAAAGUCAAUUUUAUGCAUACCAACAAGUUUUUACUGAUGGGUUCAAUGAGUCAUUCCAUUCCAGAUUAAAAAUUUAUUCUCGAAGAAUCGUUGUUGAAAACUCGACUGAAAACUUCAAUGAGGAAUUGCUGUUGAACAAUCAACCGAAAACUCCAUCUCGCAUCUACCAAUACAAAGUCACAGUUUGGUUGCUGUAA